AUGUCUGUGACGCUGGCGGAUCCGUACCGAGAUUAUGCUCUUGAUUACGCCCAACAUGCUAAACAGGAGGGGCAUGAGAACGCACUCGCCUACCAAACGCAGCAGUCGCAUAUUCAGCGUCAUAAAGAGCCCAACCCGCCGUUUCCGCAGGGAAGCUCACACAACACAGCAUACGAGCAACACCAUGCGAGCACGACCGUUCUCCCAGCAGCAAAUCCUGACAUUUCCCAGUCCGUUGUUCUCACACCGGCUCACAUGCUCCCCAGACAGCUUCCGAUGCAGUAUACCCCUGCCACCUUCGAGAUUCCAACAGUUCAACGCGGCAAGAAGCGACCCCAUUCCGAGACGGAAGGGGAGGGUGACCACGGAGACCAUGGAGUUCGGCCGCGCUUCCAUGGAUUCGGACCACCAGAGUCUAUGGCGCUGCCCCAACAACACCACCACCAUCGUCUACCCCCGCAGGCAUCGCUUCACUCUGCAGAACGGCAUGGCAUGAAUGUGGAAACGUCUCCUAUUCCCUCUGGUCCACCAAGCGUGGUGGGCCAACCAGGCAUGCCUGAUCCGGCUCCCAGGCCUCGAGGCCCGAAACUUAAAUUUACGCAGGAAGAGGACGCCUUACUGGUAGAGUUGAAAGAGAACAAGAACCUGACGUGGAAGCAAAUUGCCGAUUUCUUUCCUGGUCGAACGAGUGGCACGCUGCAAGUUCGUUACUGUACCAAGCUGAAGGCCAAGGAUGUGACAUGGACGGAUGAGAUGCGCACGACUCGGGUGGUUUGGGCGGCUCUCAGUCAGGUGGUCCAGUCGACAGCGGGCCGAAACGGCUUCAAACUCACCUCAAACCUCCAAACUCCCUCUCCACCAAACCUCCUCCCUCCCCUCGUCCAGCCGUCGAUACCAUCAAUUGUCCAGGACAAUGUUCCUCCAACGCACAGCUUUCGCCCUCGCCAGGCGCGCCCCGGUCAGAGCCAUCGCUGCUCGUCCUUUUUCCUCCUCCGUCGUCCGCUGUACGUGAAUCCAAAGAUGGCCAGCACCACCUCUGUCUAUGACAACAUCGUUUCUUGCGCGGCCCAAUUGAGUCUGCACAAGGCAAUCCGUAUCACUUUGUCGAUAAUCUUGCAUGGCACUCUGGCUAACUCUGGGUUUUCUCGUGUUUUAGGCAAUAAUAAGAAGUAUGUUGUGAAGCAGGAGGGCAAGAUUCUUCCUUUUGAAGAAAUCAAAACUGAAGAGGACCUCCUUCCCCCGGGUGCUAAGCCCGGUACCGUCCCCACCGACGUCGACCAGUCUACCGGUCUUGAGCGUCUAGAACUUAUCGGAAAGAUGCAGGGCAUUGACAUCUUCGACAUGAGACCCCUUGAUGCUUCUAGAAAGGGAACCCUUGACAACCCCAUCAUCGUCAAGAGCGCUGGUGACGAGCAGUACGCCGGUUGCACCGGAUAUCCCGCAGACUCCCACCAUGUCGUCUGGCUGACGGUAUCUCGUGAUCGUCCCAUUGAGCGCUGCGGCGAGUGCGGUAAUGUCGUCAAGCUGGAGUACGUUGGACCUGAGGAGGACCUCCAUGCUCACGACCACGGUCACGGCCACCACCCCCCUCAAGAGGAGGUCAAGACUUUCGCCGACUACGUCAAGCCUGAGUACUGGUACCGGUAA